CGCCGCACACGUCGCAAUUUACUUUUGGUAUCGCUCACCCGAAACACCCUGUGGAUCUCACGCUUGAUAAAUUAAUAAUACAUUUAAUAGAGCAUGAGCUAUUGUUUAAGUUUUACACAUAAUUUUAAAGUUUUAAUUUGGAAUUUCGUGGCUUAAUAUAAAAAAUGUGAUAACUCUUGAAAUGCAGUAACAAAAACUUGUUCGGUUGAACCUGAAUACAUUUAACUUAUUGACUGGCAUACAUACAUAUGUAUUAAACAGUAGGCCCAUAUAUUCGUGUGCUGCUGAUAGUGUAAAUGUGUAAAAUGCUUAUAUUCAGAAAUGUGUCAAUCAAACCAACUCAUGAAAAAUCGUUUCUGUAAAAGCAGCUAAAGUUGGAGAAAAUAAAAGCACCAGGCAUAAAAACAUCAUAUAAUAAUGGAUUCAUAUAGAGAAUAUAAGCAUUAAAAUGGAUUAAGUAAUAGACGUAAACGGAUUUCUGAAUAAGCUUGAAUGGAUGGAACUAAAAAAAUUUUAAAAAGACAAGUCUUUUAAUUGUAAAAAAUAUGGCAAACACCAUUUCACUAAUGUCUAACGUGAUACGCAAUGUAGUGAGCAAAAAACGUAUACGAUACAAAGAAAAAGGAUACGACUUGGAUCUUACGUAUAUUUACGAAAACAUAAUUGCCAUGGGCUAUCCAGCUCCAGAUAUAGUAGAGGGAAUGUUCAGAAACCGUCUAGAAGAUGUCUAUAAGUUCUUGGAAGAAAAUCAUGGCCGACAUUACAAAAUAUACAACCUAUGCUUAGAAAAGAAUUAUGACAUCAGUAAAUUUAAUGGGAGAGUGGCCUCCUUUCUUUUCGAAGACCAUAAUCCGCCAACGAUCGAGUUGAUGCAACGAUUUUGCAAGGAUGUUGAUCUGUGGCUGAAGGCAGAUUCCUCAAACGUCGUAGCUGUGCAUUGUAAAGCUGGCAAAGGAAGAACCGGUACCAUGAUUUGCGCAUAUUUACUGUACAGUGGACUACAAAAAUCUGCUGAUGAGGCAUUAGCCUGGUAUGAUGAGAAACGUACAAAGGAUCUAAAGGGAGUGACAAUCCCAUCUCAGCGUCGAUAUGUUCAGUAUUUUUUCAAACUACUUUGUUCAAGUGUUCCAUAUUCGAAAAUAACCCUUAACGUCUGUGAAAUACGAUUCUCUGAGUCCAGUUAUCUUCAAAACUUAGGCAUGGUAGAGUGUUCAGUAUCCGAAUUACACGACUCAGCAACAGAAAAUGCCAAGCCACAUAGACUGAAAACCUGGCCGAUUGAUUUUCAGAAAUCAUUUGUAUUGUCGUUGUCAUUGGAAGUUGCUGGAGACAUUAAAUUUGAACUUGUACAAAAGUCUUCGCCGAAAAAAAAAAUUUGUCAUUUUUGGCUCAAUACAUUUUUCGUCAAAAAUUUAUCAAUUUGUGAAUCCGAUGGAAGAGUAAAUAAAUAUACACAAAUCUUGAAUAAAUCGGAGAUCGAUGAUUUACAUAAAGGCAGAGAACAUAAAUCGUUUUCAGAGGAUUUCAAGAUUUCAAUCUCAUUCGAGGCAGUUAAUUGUUGCAAUGAUGUUCAAGCUGAAGCUUCUAAAAAAGAAAAAAAUGACGUUUUAAAUUUUGAAAGAAAUGAUUAUGACAGUUUAUCAUCAAACCGUUUUCUUGAAAAUAAUGUCUUAACUGCGAUCGUCAAUGAUAAUACAUCGAAAAGUCAAACAAUAGAACCCUUGGAUCAUAAGGAUAUAGUUACUAAAAUUCAAAACGACACAUCAACCAAUUCAAAAAAUACUUCGACUGCGUCUAAACGCAAACAGCCUAAUAGUAAACCUCUUUUAUCAAGCUUGAAUGAUUCCACAAAAGAGGAAAUAAAAAAAAAUCAUAUAUUUAAUCAACCGUCCAUUAAAAACACUGAUUUAAUCACAUGGCAGAAUAGUGAAGUUCAUAUCACCUCUGACACUCGAAGUAUAAAUGAAAAUAAGAACAUCAAUUACAAUUCAUACAUCACAUGUAAACAAUCCUCCCCAAAAUUCAACUGUGGUACCGAAGAAGGCGAGGAAGAUUGGGAAUCCGGUGAAUCAACAUACCUGUAAUCAAUGCUUACCGACUUAUAAUUCUUGGUGAUUUAGCAAAGUAAUUAAAAUUGCUAAGUAAUUGGCUAAUCUAUUCGAAUUUGUAAAUAUACUGUAUGAUAUUUAUUUAAGUAGUUUUAAAAAUUAUUUUAAAUAAACUCAUGUACAUUUUGUAUUGUA